AAUAAAGGGGUAAAUGAAUGAUAAUAGAAAAUAAUAUGUACUUAAAGCUUUCUGUAAGUUUGAUUCUGAUAAUACAGGUUACAUAUAUAAUGCUGAUAUUAGAGGGUUGUAUAAUUGCAGUAAUCAUCCAAAAGUGGUAAAAGGUGAAAUGACAGAAGAAUAAGUUUUCGUUGAAUUUCUAUAAAACUUUAGAGAAAGCAACAAAAGAAAUGGAAGAAUCGAAAAAUAAGAAUGGAUAGAUUAUUAUGCAGCUGUUAGUUAUUCUAUUUAAAAUGAUGAACAUUUUAUUAAGCUGAUUUCAUAAGCAUGGAACAUUUGAAAUGAGAUUUAAUAUAUAUUAUUCAAAUAAAAAAAGAACUAAUAUAUAUAUAUAUAUUAUAUAAAUAAUAAUAAUGCU